AUGAAGAAGAGGGUACUCAGGACGCUGAGAUCGCCUAGUCUGAGAGCACAGCCGGGAGGUGGACUGAUAAUGGGCGACGAAGAGGAAUUCGCACGAGAGAUGAGUCAAAACAGCCAAGAGGAGAGGAAAAAGGAGUCGACUGGGGCGGUGGGAGGACGGGAUCAGCUGAGGCUGAAUGAGGCUAGUCUCAGGUUCGGAGGUGGGACGAGCUAA